UUCAUUUGUUUUGAGUUAUACAUAAAUGUUGGUGGUCUUUGUUAUAUGUUUCUUUUAGGUAAUUUAAUGGUCUCUUGGGAAUUUGGCCUUCUAGAGUAACUCCAUGGAGGAGAUAAGCAAUGUAACUGAAUUUGUUUUCUGGGGUCUUUCUCAGAACCUCAAGGUUGAGAAAGUGUGUUUAGUGGUGUUUUCUUUCUUCUACUCUGUCAUUCUUCUGGGAAACCUGCUCAUCAUGCUCACAGUUUAUGUGGGCAACCUUUCCAAGUCCCCAAUGUAUUUCUUUCUCAGCUACCUGUCUUUUGUGGACAUCUGUUACUCUUCAGCCAUAGCUCCUAGGAUGAUGGUUGACUUAUUGGCCAAGACCAAAACAAUCUCCUAUGUGGGGUGCAUGUUGCAGCUCUUUGUGGCACACUUCUUGGGUUGCACUGAGAUCUUCAUCCUCACUGUAAUGGCCUAUGAUCGUUACGUGGCUAUCUGUAAACCCCUACACUAUAUGACCAUCAUGGACCGGGAGAGAUGCAAUAAAAUGUUGCUGGGGACCUGGCUAGGUGGGUUCUUGCACUCCAUCGUCCAAGUGGCUCUAGUAGUCCAGCUGCCCUUCUGUGGGCCCAAUGAGAUCGAUCACUACUUCUGUGAUAUUCACCCUCUGCUGAAACUUGCCUGCACAGACACAUAUGUCGUUGGUGUUGUUGUGAUAGCCAACAGUGGUAUCAUCACUCUGGUGAGCUUUGUUAUCUUGCUCUUCUCCUACAUCCUCAUCCUGGUGUUCCUGAGAAAGCAGUCAGCAGAAGGCAGGCGCAAAGCUCUCUCCACCUGUGGCUCCCACAUUGCUGUGGUCAUCAUCUUUUUUGGUCCCUGUACAUUCAUGUAUAUGCGUCCUGAAACUACCUUUUCAGAGGAUAAGAUGGUGGCUGUGUUUUAUACCAUCAUCACCCCUAUGUUAAACCCCCUGAUUUAUACACUGAGAAAUGCACAAGUAAAAAAUGCAAUGAAGAAACUGUGGGGCAGGUGGGUUUUCUGGGGAGCAAAAGGUAAAUAGUUGGAAGUAACAAUACAAGGUGGAUGAUCUUCGAUGGUCUCAUCUGCACAGGGAAGACAAUAAUAACCUCACGGGGAUUUUUUUUUGGGGGGGGGAGGAGCAACUAAGAGAAUUAAAUGUUCUAUACAAGUAAGGUAUUUUUAAAUCACUAUUAUUUCAUUUGUUUGAGAAGUCCAUAAGCAUGAUGUUCUAAAAUAUCUAAGACAAAGAAAUCUUAUUAA